AUGCACAUCAACCUGCCGCGCAGCACCAGCACAGGCGGCGCCGGGGGCAGCGGCAGCGACUCCCACGGCCUGGGAGGCGCGGGGGGCGGGGGAGGGGGCGCGGAGCGGGGCGGGGAGAAGGGCGGAGCAGGCAGGGGAGGAGGCGCAGGGGGAAGCGGCGCAGGGGGGGGAGGAGGAGGCGGCGGCGGCGGAGGGGGGAGUUUCGGAGCGAGUCCCGAGGCACAGUUUGGGUCGAGAAAGAACCUGGGAAGCGGAACGUGCUUCUCCCAGACAACAAGCCCUACGAGUGGGUACAACAGCCCGUACAACCUGGCGAGCCCCCAGGAGGGAGUGAGUCCCUGCAGCCAAACGUCUAGCCCAGGCCCUCUGCUGGACCCUGAGCGGCUGUGGGAGUUGCAGAAUUUCAAACGCGCCACUCCUAACACUACUCCCACGACGUCUCCCCGCCUUUCUGGGUCGCUGUCGCCCCCGCCUGUUGCCCCCCCCCGCACGCCCAACGUCAGUGAUUACUACUAUUCGUACAAGUCUGGGGGGAGCCCGAGAGGUGCUGGUGCUGGAGGGGAGGGUGUGGGGCAGGAAGGGGAGGGGCAGGUGCUGGGGCAUGCAGGGGAGGCAGGAGCAGGAGGGGGGGCGGUAGAUGCAGCGGGAGGAGCGGCAGCGGCGGGAGGAGUGGCAGCGGCAGAAGGGGCGGCAGCAGCAGCGGCGGCAGUGACCCCGGUGACGUCGAAUGUGCUGCAGAAGCCAUAUGUGGUGCUGUCUGAGGUGUACCGGCUGUCGCGGAAAGAGCUGGGGCGCGGCAACUUUGGGGUGAUCCGCGUGUGCGAGAAGCGCGAGACUGGGGAGCGGUUCGCGUGCAAGACCAUUGAGAAGAAAAACCUGCAGUGUUGGGAGGACGUGGAGGACGUGCGGCGGGAGGUGGCGGUGAUGGAGGUGCUCAAGGGCCACCCCAACGUCAUCACUCUCCUCGACACCGUCGAGGACCAAAAGGAGGUGCAUCUGAUCAUGGAACUGUGCGAGGGAGGAGAGCUGUUUGACCGCAUUCAGGAGCGCGGGUACUACAGCGAGCGGCAGGCGGCGAAGGUGACGCGCACGGUGAUCGAGGUGCUGCAGCACUGCCACGGGCUGGCCGUGCUGCACCGCGACCUCAAGCCCGAAAACAUCCUGCUCACCAGCAAGCGCAGCGACACGCGCUGCAAGGUCAUUGACUACGGCAUGGCCUAUAUCUUCCAGCCCGGCGAGCGGUGCACGUUCCGUGCGGGCACGCCCAACUACAUCGCGCCGGAGGUGAUCAACAAGAACUACGGCGUGGAGGCGGACGUGUGGAGCGCGGGCGUGAUCCUCUACAUCCUGCUGUGCGGCCUGCCGCCCUUCUGGGGCGACACCACCGAGGAGAUCUUCAAGAGCGUGCUGUGGGGGCACCUUGACUUUGACACCGAGCCCUGGCCUCAGGUGUCCGACGCGGCAAAGGAUCUAGUGCGGCGCAUGCUGUGCAAGAACUAUGCUAAGAGGAUUACGGUGGAGGGGAUUCUGCGCCACCCUUGGAUCGUGGCUUACACCACGUAG